AUGGAGGACGAGAACUUGACCCAAACCAGAGUGUCGACUCGAACGCGCAUCCCGCAGGCGGGUCUUCGAGAAAUGACUUCAGCCACAACCAAUUCCCGCUCGGGCAUUCUGCCGCCUGGCACAAUCGCCAACAAGGCAGCGAGCGUGUCGCCAACCCGCCCAAAGACUGCCACCAAUGCCCCUGAAGCGAGGUCUGGAUCUGCACGACCGGCCGCCGGUACUACCAAGACGCACAACAAGGGUAACUCAUUCGCCUCCUCCACCAUGAGUCGAUCCGCCUCAACUGCCUCUCGGACGACUAACGGGGCAUUUUCCGCGACGGUUGGAUAUGGCGCACGUCCUCCCCCCGCCAUGUCUCGGCCACAUUCGUCCCUCAGUGCCCGCAAGCACACGGGUCCCUCGAUCCCACGACCGGCCACCUCACUUGAUACCCACCCCGAAGAUGCUGCGGGCAGUGUUCUUGGAAAACGUAAAGGUACGCAUAUCUUUUCUUUGUCUUCCAGUCGCAUUCCCUCAUGUCCCAUUCCAUAUGGGCCCUCGGAACCGCAUCAAGAUGGCCCACGGAAGGCAGUCGUGCCGCCUGCAAAUAUCUCCGACUUGGAUGAGACUGCCUUGUGCGCAGAGCUAUUCAACAUGGAUCUCCAGACAUCUGUCACUGAAACAACAGUGAGCCCAUCGUGCGUUCUCAAGGGACCCAAUCCCACACCCCUUGUGCCCGCGAAGCCCGGAUCACCUCACAAGGUUCCCGUGGUCACCCCUGCUAGGCCUUCUUGCAAACAUCCUUCUGUCUCUCUCAAGCGUAGCCCGCGAAAAGCACGGGCACCAUUGUUUCUCAGGAAGGAUUCUUCGAUCAGGGAUAUUGACCAUACUACAGGCUCCGAAUGGGACCAGGAUUCCAAAGAAAGAACCAUGGAAGAGUUCUUUACUAGAAUGAUGUCCCGAAUGAACCAGACGGGACAGGAAAGCUUUGGGCUGAAAGAAACCGUUGAGCUUUACAAAACUAGGAUCAAUGAACUGGAAAGCUCGCGUGACGGCUUGACCGAAACUAACUUGACACUGCGCGUGGAGCUGGAAUCAUUGAAAAGCCAACUCAAUACCGCAGAAAAUGCCCUGAAGGACGCCAAGAGAGACCAAGAAAUCGCCCUGGACGAUCUCGACCGACGACAGCGUGUUGAAAUGGAGUCAAUUCGUCAGGACAGUACAAAAGACUCGGAGGCCCUCAAUGCUCAACACCAGGAACAGAUUCGGGAAUUGAAGCGACAGUUUGAGCGCGAGAUAAGCGACGAAAAGGCCGCACGGGUCCGUGAGUUAGGCCAGCUCACUUCCCAGUCUGCCAUGGAUACCCAAAAGUCAGAGAUUGAACUAGAAAGGAAGAACCGUGAGAUUUCGUCUCUGCAGAAUGACCUGCAAGCCGCGAGAGUCGACCUUGACCGCGAAUGCAAGACCGUCCAGGAUCUUCGACACAACUUGGACACGGCCAGUAGCAACAGUGUGACAUUAGAAUCAUCAAUACGAGCACUGAAAGCUCGCAUUGAGUUCCUCGAGGGUGGACGAGAGGAACAAUCUGAAGCGUUUGAGCGAUGCAAUCAACAGAUGAUGGAUGCGCUGGCUGAAACGGAGGCCACCAAGGAAAAGUUGCGGCGGGAAGAGACCCUACGUCGCAAGCUUCACAACCAGGUGCAGGAGCUUAAAGGUAAUAUCCGCGUCUUUUGCCGAGUACGCCCUUCACUCAACAGCGAGCCCGCCUCGGAUCUUACUCCAAUGCAGUACCCGGACCACUCUGAAGAUGCCAAAGAGAUCAAUGUGAUGGGUCCCGAGGAAAAAAGCAGCCUUGGAACUGUUUCCCGCAAAAACAAUACUUUCACUUUCGAUCGCGUGUUUGGCCCCUCCACGCAGAACGCUGAAGUCUUCGAUGAGAUCAGCCAAUUGGUUCAGAGUGCCUUGGACGGCUAUAAUGUCUGCAUCUUUUGCUAUGGCCAAACUGGUAGCGGAAAGACCUACACUAUGUCCUCUCUGGAUGGUAUGAUCCCUCGCGCGGUUCAUCAGAUUUGGGAAACCGCCCAGAGUCUGGAAGAGAAGGGUUGGCGAUACACGAUGGCGGGUAACUUUGUCGAGGUCUACAAUGAAAACCUCAACGAUCUGCUUGGCAAUCCGGAUGAGUUAGACAAGAAGAAACAUGAUAUUCGUCACGACAUGCAGCGCGGCAAGACUGUCAUUACCGACAUCACCACCGUCCAGUUGGACUCGCCGGAGAUGGUCGAAUCCAUUCUCAAACACGCUGCGGCCAAUCGCUCCGUCGCAGCCACCAAAGCCAACGAGCGUUCGUCGCGCUCUCACUCUGUCUUCAUUCUCAAGCUCCUCGGAGAAAACCAUAUUACCGGCGAGCGCAGCGAGGGCACACUCAACCUAGUCGAUUUAGCCGGAAGUGAGCGAUUGAGCCACAGCGGGGCGACUGGCGAGCGUCUCAAGGAGACGCAGAACAUCAACCGCAGUCUCAGUUCUCUUGGCGAUGUGAUUGCUGCUCUCGGCCAGGGUAAAGAGGGUGGUCACAUCCCGUACCGAAACAGCAAGCUCACAUAUCUUCUUCAAUUCUCGCUGGGCGGAAACUCGAAGACCCUCAUGUUUGUGAUGGUCAGCCCUCUGCAGGUGCACCUGUCCGAGUCCUUGACCAGCUUGAAGUUUGCGACGAAGGUGCACAACACCCACAUUGGCACGGCUAAGCGUCAGGCCCGUGUCCGUGACGGUUGA